GCGUGGUCGUACACUUCCAUCUCCACUGUUGAAUAUUUCAGAACAGUUGUGCCAAUAAAAAUGUUAUCAUUUUGUUGCCGAUGGUAGUAUUUUGAAGAGGAACUAGGCUCUCAUGCAACUUUUUCUUUUGCUUGAAGUCCACUGAAGGAACCACAAACGACAAUAGAUCCAGUUCAUUUUGCUUCAGAAUAUAAUCAUUUCAUCAUGGAUCUGCUAAACGCUCCGUUCACCAUUUCAAAAAUGAAAUCUUUCUGCAUGUUACUUGCCUUCGUCGUCAUCAUCGCCUUCGUCGGGACGACCUCUGCAACGUUUGAAACCGAUGCCUUAUUGGACGAACCACGCCUCUUGGAAAGCAUACUAUACAAGAGAGUGAAUGAUGAUUGCCACGGGUGUGGACGGUCCUGCAAACCUAUCUGCUAUUCUCUGCCGGUGAGGAAACGUGCAAGAAGUCAAAACGUGGAUACUUUGGAGAGCCUUUACCAGCCCAAGCAAGCUUCAAGCACAUGCCGUCUCGACAAACUCUACAAUCUGAUGUCAGGAGAGGAAAAGGAAAGAAUUAUUGAGACGUUUGCCGAACUUCUGUGAGGGAUCAACUAACCUCACCCACUAUACAACUUUAGCCUUCUGCUUCAAAACCACCUUGAUAUAUCUGAAAUCUCAUACAUUUAUAAUUUUGUUCUUGUAGUGCAUUCUAUUUGCCAAGUUUCGUACGCCGCGAAGUUUGGAUAGGCAUUAUACCAUAACAAAAACGCGUAUUAAAUCCUUUGGGUAUGAAUUUAAUAGGCCUGAUUUAUGAAGGAUGGAAAAACCGCUUAUAUCAAUUAAAGGGCACCAAAUGUGACACUCCUGAUUUUUGUAUCAAUUUGAAGGUCAAAGACUUUUGUUACGAAAUCAAUCAAUCAGCUUGCUUUCGAGGAUCGCAUCGAUGGGGAGGAUAAGUUUCCUUACAGAAUUGAUUUUGUUACGGAUCACGGGAGUUUAACUUGGUGCCUUACAUUCUGUGGAGGGGGAGGGUUGGCCUGAAGAAGGAUGUAAUAAUAUUAUGUGUCAUGUUACAUUUUCGGUCUUUAUUCUAUCAUCGGGAAUUUAAAAAGUAACCUAAACGUGCAGUACGAUAAUAUAUCUUGUUAUUUUGUACUUAAGCUAUUACUCUACACAUUCAGUAGCCAGAACAUGUAGUCAGUAACAUGUAGCUAAUAGACAGUGGUGAAUAGGUUACAUGUAAUUGCUCAAAGGAAUCUUUAUAUAUCAUUAAAGGAAAAUGUCUACCCUGAUAUUGCAGUUUGUUUUAAUAAAUGCAGGAAAACAGGUCAAUCAGGUAAUGAAAUUUUGAGUAAAUAAUCGAAAGAUGAAUUCAAAAAAGCAUUUUUUGUUAACGUUGCAAUCGUUCAAACACAAAUUG